AUGGCCUCGUCUGGGCAAGAGUACUUACCGAUCCGAGUUUGUUCGGGGAUGGGUUGUUUAUCUUGGAGUUUGGGCAUUCACCUUGGUCUGGCCGGUUUCAUCAAACCUUUACAAGCUUUCCUCAACGCUCAUCCCAAAGUCGCUUCUGCUAUCACCUCAUUGGCCCCGGUGAUACUUGUUGCUUUGCUCACCAUCGCGAUCUGUCCAAUCCUUUUGGUUAUAGCUAACAAGGCGGAAACCAUCGUAACAAGGUUGGGUAUACACAAUUCGGUAUUAGAGAGAUUUUGGAAGUUUUUAAUGGUGAACGGCGUGAUUGGACAAUCUACUAUCGAAGCAUAUCUUACUGCUUUUCAAAAUAAAAGCUUUGAUCCUUUGCCAAUCAUCGCGUCUGCCUUUCCGACGGCCGCUCCCUAUUUCGCAUCGUAUAUUCUAUUGCAAACAGCAAUCCAACCAUUCUUUGAAAUCUUUCGUUUUGGAGCUUUCGGUCAUUCCGAGGCAAAGGUCGUCACGGACGGAACACUAAUGCCAUUAGUACUCGGUGGUGCUAUCAUGCAUUUGUUCAUGUUGUUGAACCCUUUGGUCAUUCCAUUUACCCUUGUGUACUACGGCGCCUGCUAUGGUGGCUUGGAUGCCCUCGCUCUGGCUCAGUUUGUCCUUUUUGCUUUCUUUAUCUUGAAUAAAGCGAAAGGACAUGCAAUCGCUACAGGGAUCCUAUUCGCCAUCACUCUCAUCACCAAGCUCAUUGAGUUUCCCGAACCCACGAUGGAAGCUGACCUUCCCAGUUUGGACAUUCAGGAGGCCGAUAUACUGUGUCCCCCUGUCACCGCUUCGAUAAAUGACAAUGAUGAGGACGAUGAUACCGCUUCCGAAGACUGGGAUCCCGAUGAUGUACCUCUUCCGAACGGUCUGCCCGCUUCGCAGAGUAGUAGCCGGUUCAACACCUUGCGACGAAGUGUCGGCCGUUGGGCUGGCAGUUGGAAAAAAGCUGGAUCAAGUCACAAACCAAUUCCCUUCGAUCAUGUUCUCUUCUCCACUCUCGAUUCGAAGAUCGCUUUUGAGCCAUUCGGAAACCCGCAAGAGGCAUCGGUGAAGCCUUCGAAGUUUCCGUCCCACGCGAGCCAAGAGAAAGAUUCACAACGCAUCGUCGCUCCUCAUCCUGUCUUGCAACCAUGGGAAGAUAUUCCACCUUACUACCGAUCCCGAGGUUAUGAUGAUCAGCCGACCUACACGGAUACUUACGAUGAUUUCCUGUGGCUUCCACGUGAUCCUCUUUCCACCUUGGAUCUUGAUGAUACUGUCGAAAUGCGUGUGGCCCUCACGACAAGUACGGGAGGAUCUGGUCAGAUCAGCGAUUGUGCAUUAGAUUUCGCCGAUCUGUCGGUUCGAGACAGGAAAGAUCGCGAUACAUGGCAAGAUGUUUUCGUACAUGGACCCUCUGAUGUUCGACCGACCUCUCCGGGUGCCAACAGCGAGACGAGACUCAUGUCUACACCUUCGAAUAUCGGCAGUGAAGUGCAUGAUACUUUCUCUGGCACCCACCUCUUCCGUCGACACACCCACAAAGCUGCAACAGCUUUAUCCGAUGUAUUCCGCAGGCCACGAGCGAGUUCCAGCACCUCGAAUCCUGGUAUAGGCAUGGACAAUCUGUCUGUACGCUCAAGGCCAGGUCCUCCUAGUCCGCUCGAGCCCAACAAUCUUGAUACAUUCAUCUCGAUGCGUCGUGUAUCUACUCCGAACGCCAUAUCAGUACAACAAGAACCUGCAGUAACACGGGAACCUAGUACCCCGGCUGCUGCUCCCACUGGAUCACACAUCUCAUUUGCAGCAACGCUGGGCCGAUCUCCUUCCGGUCGAAGACCUUCAAGGAUGCGCUCAGGUCAUAGCAAUAUGAGCGAAGAGCUCAUACAAUCCCCUACAAGUCCUGGGAAUCGAUCCCUCAGUCAUCUAUCUCCUUUCAAGAGCAGGACGGCCAGUGCUAUGUCCGCUCAACAACAGCGACUUUGGAAUGAGGUCAUGGAGGAAGAACGUUUGAUGAUGAAGGAAGACCGCGAGGAAGAAAAAGCAGAGAUGGAAAAGGAGAAGGAGGAACUAUUGAAAGAGCAAGACAAAAUACGGAAGGCCAGCGAAAGUGGUGAAGGAGGAGGGCUUAGGAGGAGACUGACAAGAGGUAACAGUGAGGGGGCGAGACCUAGGUUGGAGCGUGCAGGUGAAUCGCAACGAUCGAGGAAUGAAAGUGUAGCUUUAGUUGAUACACCAACAAGUAUUGUAUAA